AUGCUGUUAUUUUGUCCAACCUGCUCUAAUGUUUUAACAGUAGAGGAAGGCUCAGGGCCUUCACUUUAUAGAUUUGCUUGUCAAACCUGUCCGUACGUUUAUAACAUCACAAAAAAGGUAAGGAUUCAUGUUGGAAUGCUUCAUAUUUUCUAGAGCCUUAUCGCUGGAUUUUUUCUCGGUAGUCCUGUCAGUUCAAAUCCUCAGCCACGCUUGUAAAAUAGCCAACUGGUUCGCCUCCUGCCAGUUGGGAUUCUUAACAAUGUUAUGUUCCAUUUGAAUUAUUUUUUUCAUUAAUAUCAGUGGAAUGCACUGCCAGACCUUUUUCGUACCAGUUUUUUUGCAGACUUUAAGACUAAAAUACAGGAUGUUACCUUCAUGUAGAUUCUUUUUGCCUGACAUACUUAAACUUGAAAUAAAAGUGAAUUGUAAAUGAUAUUUUCUUUCCUUGCAUUUAAUGUAUAUAUAUAUUUUCUAUAUAGUUUUUAUGUAGUGUCAGCUCGAAGAUAUUAGCUUGUUAGCUACUCUAAAAUUCGAGUUUAAAUAAAGUGUUAUGUUAUGUUAUGUUAUGUUAUCCCUGAAAAGCCCCAUAAGGGGAGAGGUCGAGUGGUUGAUAGAUCAUGAAGGAUAAUAAUGGCGGUAUGUCAAUUUAAUUGCAUGCGCACAAAGCCCUCCCAGCUAUUGAGGGUGUUUGCGUGGCUGGCGAAAACAUCAAAGUCUUAAGUAGUGCUAGAAAUAUAGGUGUAACGUUUGAUUCUCAUUUCAACUUGGAGAAACAUGUUAUGAAUACCUGCAAAAGAGUCUUCUUCCACUUAUGCAUCAGUCAAUUCCACCUGCGCCCAGCCCCCAAAGGCAUUGGCAUUUUUUUUGCCUUGGAUGGUAAAUUCCUGGGGGUGGGGAAUCUUGAGCUGUCAAAUCCCCCAGUGUGGGGACGAAAAAAGAGGUCAAAUACCCCAUCCUCUGUCAACACUGCAACAGUUUUCAUUGAUUGCACAGUCGAAUAGUGCCAUUUUAAGCAUUUUAAGGUUCGUCUUUUUGUUUCAAUUAAUGUCUUCCUUUGUGCUAGCGCUAGGAUUCUAACGAUUCUAACGACGACAUGCACCAGUUCAUGGUUUUAGUAUUGAUAUAAAAUUAUUGACAUAAAAUUAUAUGUAAUAGAGCACUGUAAAGUUAUAUGUUAUCAAUAGUUUUAUAAAUAUGAAAGGAUGUUCUUCAAAUAAUAAUAUCAACAGAAAUUUGAUUCGAUAACCAAAAAACGUUGAUUCACAUCGAUAGCUCCAAUUUCGCUAUGUAAUUUAGGCUUGAUAAGCAAUGAAGAAAUGCAUGUAUAAAAUCGAGAACAUGCCUUUACAACCUUCUUCAAUUUAGUCCUGUCCUUGACAGAUGAGCCAAUCUGCUUUUUUUCCAGCAAAACCCUCUGUGUAGUUAUAUUCUGAUAGGAAACCGCAUGCGUGUCAAAAGCUUGGGAAUGGCCCCGGGGUUGUCAAAUGCCCGGGCCCUGGGCAGUGCAAAAUUUGCAAAUGCCCCACCCCUAGGACUGACAAGACAGGCAAAUGCCCCUGCAAUGCACUUCUGUAUGGGUUACCAUGAUCAGUUCUCGAUAGACUACAGUAUGUUCAAAACUGUGCUACUCACCUGGUGUCCAGAACUCAAAGCUCAGAACAUACAUGUAUAACACCAGUACUUUGUCAAUUACCCUGGCUACCAAUCAAACAAUGAAUAGCAUACAAAAUACUACUCCUUAUGUGUAACGCAAUGAAUGGCAUGGCUCCAAAAUAUAUUGUUGAUCUUCUUGAGUGCUGUACCCCAACAAAAAAAAAACUAAGAUCCUCUUCAAACAAUCCCAUUUUCAUACAAAAGUCUGGUCUGAAAUCUUAUGGAGACAGGUCUUUCCGAGUGGCUGCCCCCAGACUUUCGAAUGCAUUACCUAACAGCAUAAGGUUAAUCCAAUCCCUAAAUGUUUUUAAAAACAAAUAAAAACAUUUUCUUUUGAAGAAGCUUUUUAUUAGUUAUAUUUUAUAUAUUUUUUAGCAAUCAUUAAAGAAUUUUAUUUAUUUAUUGAAUUUUUUAAUUGUUAUAUUGUAAGAAACAUUUUAAUCAUAAGAGAAAUUGUAAUAAUUAUUGUACAUAGUUUUUUUUUUGAAUUUCAAUCUUGGUAUUUUUUACUGUUGUAAAGCGCCAUGAGCUUGUAGAAAUGUUCCGCUACAUAAAUAAUCUAUUAUUAUUAUUAUUAUUAUUAUUGUUAUUAAUGUUUAUUGUGAUUGCAUUAAAAGGUUGAGUUUUUGAUAGUACCACAGAUCUAAAUUGUACAAGCUUUUAAAAUACAUUCUUUAUGGUAAAGAAAGUUCAUGUUUUGACUGAUUUCUGUUGUAUCAGAUAUCUAGCAAGAAGUACCCAAAAUUAAAGGAAGUUGAUGAUGUAUUGGGUGGGAAAGAAGCUUGGGAGAAUGUGGACUCUACAGAGGGUAAGUAACAAAAUGUCCCCUUUGAAUUCAGAGGUGUAAGGUUAGAGAGGGUGGGGCCAAUGGCUCCUGUAACCUUCCAAUGAUACCACCUUCUGAACUAAUGUAAGGUCUUUUUAAAAAUCUCAGUCAGCUUCUGACGUGGGUUUAAAACUGCAACCCCCAUUUAGAAGUCAGGCACUCUUCCAGCUGAGCUAAGCAGGUGGUUUUUAAUGUAUACUUUCGGUUAUAACGCACAUUCAGUUGUAAGAUGUAGCCUAAACUUUUCAUUACAAUUUCACAACUUAAGAAACUGAAAAUUAAGGAAACAUACAUGGCUAUAAGCUGCAACUAUGGUUUUUGGUGAUGUUCACUUUAAUAAAUUAUUAUUAAAACAGCAUGGUUUCCAAGGUUGCCAAUUAUCGCCAUUCACCUAUGUGAACAAAAGUGGAAAAGUAACAGGAAAGCUAAAAAGUCACAGGUAUUAGAAAGGAAAAAAAUGUUUUCUAUAGCUGUGAAUACUUAGUGAUCUAUUUUUAGAUUUAUAACUGAAAAAAAUAUGGUACUUCUGUUUCACCUACUGAAGCAAAGUUACUGUUCAUACCUUUUCAAAUUAAACUUAUCUUUAUAAUAUUGACACCCAAAGGCCCCCUUGUUGGGUUCAAUCAAUCAAUCAAUCAAUAAAUAAUCUUUAUUUAUACACGAUAAGUAUUUAAAGUGACGCUUCGCUUGUGGGGUCGUGUCUAAAUAAUUAAAUAAGAUAACUAAUGAAUUAGAAAAUUAAAUUAAUAGGAUAUACACCAGCUAAAAUCAUAUAGCUACUUACAAGUCUAAAACGAUAAAAGCUUAAGAUUCUAAAGUACUAGGUGGUACUCUAGUAUCGACUAAUUAUUAACACUAAUUAUACUUAAAAUCUUCCUCCCUUCUGGUCAAUGUUUGAGGGGAGAUACAGUCGAAAUCUAGGUGUAACAGAGCCUUUGACCGUCUUGCCAUAAUCGCAUAUUUCUUAACAUUGUCUAUAUCGUCAUUAAGUUGAGGAACCAACGUGUUCCAAACUAUUGCUCCUCUACGAGCUACAGAGUUCCUCAUGUAGUUGGUGUUAAAACGAGGGACAUCAAUUUUCAGUUUCUUCCUAAGUUGAUAUCGCUUGAUGUUAUCAUUGUUCUUAAUAAUAGCUGACAUAGCGUCUGGUGUCAGGUUAUUGUGGAUUUUAUACAUAAGCUUAGCUAAGCUAAUUUUAUACAUAAAGGCUAAAGAAGACCAAUUAGCCUUUUUCAUAACAUCUGCAUUAGAUAUCUCCCAAGGUAGCUCAAGGAUAAUUCUCGCAGCUCUACAAUGCAGUGCUUCUAAUGCCUUAAAACCUUCCUUAUUUGUGAGGCCUCCCCAUACUGAUAUAGUUACCAUAUACGAUCGACGGCAUAAUAACUCUAAAACUCUUGUUUUGAAUAAAUUGUGUAUUGUGCUUGUGUGUUUGUAAAGUUGGUAGCCACAAUCAUAGAACUCUUCUAUGUACCAAACACUAAUUGUUGUGUAUUUUAUAAUUAACAGAGCGCUGUCCUAAGUGUGAACACAAUAGAGCAUACUUUAUGCAGAUUCAAACACGAUCAGCAGAUGAGCCCAUGACAACUUUCUACAAGUGCUGCGGGUGUGGCCAUCGUUGGAGAGAAUGA